UGUUCUUUCCUUCCUUGCAGCCAUUGGGGUUUUCGCACUCGAGCCAUAAGGCGGCCAAAGGAUGUGGACUAACUCCGGGUAGCAUUGAAUAUUUUUGGGUAGAGUGGUGGGGCUUGCAUAUGUAUUCGUUGUGAAUUGGAGUACAUGUGAGGAAAAAAAUGCAGCGGCAGCUUUUAUUAUGGGCGUUUUCGGCUAUGUUGUUUUUGAUGCUUUCUGUUGGUAAAUGUGAAACAGGCAAAGAGGAAGUGAGUGCUGCAAAAAGUUUAGUCUGGGGGCCGGGUCUGAGGGCUGAUGUUGUGCUGCCGGUUCGAUAUUUCUAUAUCCAGGCAGUUACCUACUCAGAGGAAAAUGUCACCUAUUCUCCCGGAAGUAAUACAUUCAAUGUGGUCAUCAAAGUGCUCUCCUCCAGAGAACAUGUUCGGCGCUAUGUACCAACACCCUUGGAUCGAAAUGAUGGAACAUUUCUAAUGAGGUAUCGACUCUAUGGAACUGCCAGUGAGGGGCUAAAGAUUGAAAUAUUUCAUCAAGGUCAACAUGUAGGCCAGUCUCCAUAUAUUUUAAAAGGCCCAGUUUAUCAUGAAUACUGUUACUGUCCAGAAGUGGACCCCCAGAUAUGGAAAGAUACUGUAUCGUGCCCUGCAGAAGAGGAACAGAUUUCUAGUGACUUCAUUAAUUUUCCCAGUAUAGACCUCUCACUCCUCCUAGAAGAAGUACCUAACAGAUUUGGUGAUCGAGGAAUUGUUCAUUACACCAUAUUGGAUAACCAGAUUUAUCGACGAACUAUGGGACGGUACACUGACUUCAAAAUGUUUUCAGAUGAAAUGCUGCUUUCUUUAGCCAGAAAAGUUCGAUUGCCUGAUGUUGAAUUCUAUGUAAAUGUAGGCGAUUGGCCACUGGAAACUCGUCAAAUGAAGGAUAAUCCGUUGCCCAUCAUUUCUUGGUGUGGCUCUGAGGAUACUGUGGAUAUUGUCCUUCCAACAUAUGACAUAACACGCUCUACAUUAGAAACACUACGUGGUGUGACAAAUGACCUCCUCUCCAUUCAAGGGCAGACUGGUCCUGCCUGGAUCAAUAAAACAGAGCAAGCUUUUUGGAGAGGCAGGGACAGUCGAGAAGAGAGGUUGAAACUAGUGAGGAUCUCCAAAAAGAAUCCUGAGCUUUUGGAUGCUGGAAUAACUGCCUACUUCUUCUUUCGUGAAGAAGAAAAAGAACUAGGAAAAGCACAACUGAUCAGUUUCUUUGACUUCUUUAAGUAUAAAUACCAAGUGAAUGUGGAUGGUACUGUGGCAGCUUACAGGUUCCCGUACCUUAUGUUGGGUGACAGCCUAGUGUUGAAGCAGGAUUCUAAAUAUUAUGAGCAUUUCUACUCCUCUCUGAAGCCAUGGAAACAUUAUGUUCCACUGAAGAGAAAUAUGAGUGAUGUUAUUGAGAAGAUUAAGUGGGUGAAGGAUAAUGAUGCUGAAGCAUGGAAAAUUGCCAGAUCAGGACAAACUCUAGCUAGAGAGCUCCUGCAACCUUCAAGUCUUUAUUGUUACUAUUACUUAGUAUUACAGGAAUAUGCAAAACGGCAGACUUCUCAGCCUGAAAUCCGCAAGGGAAUGGAGCAUGUUCUUCAGCCAUCUGACAAUGAAUCUUCCUGUGACUGCAGGAGAACAGCCAAUAUAAAGGAAGAACUUUAACUGUAAUCAGCGUAAUUGCAUUUGUUAACUUUGUAUGCGUUACUUGAAAAAAAUCUCUCUCCCUUUCUUUAACUGUUUCCAGAAAGAGCCUAAAGUAAUGUACAUUUAGAUGUGAAUUAAAAUGUCACUUACAGUAGCCAUUAUUCACCACACUUUUUUCCCCCUCUAAACGUGCUGCUUUUGUGUAUAAUGUUAAUUUUAUCCUCAUGGUGUCAAAUUGACUAUAUGAAAUGUGAAAUUAGAAAUUAAACUUGUAGCAGGAGUGAUGUCCUGAAGUUUCUAACUUAGAAUUAGUUUGUAGUUAAUCAAGACAUAAUUUGCAAUUCAAGACACACCAAAUAUAUUUCACUUGAUUUUGUCAGUAAGCACAAUGCAAGGUAUUGUGUAUAGUCUAUCAAGGUUCUUCUGACUUGAUUCUAGAAUCAACCUGAUAUUUAUUAUGGGACCAUUUUCAAACCAGUUUACUUCAACACAGAUCCACUGUAUAGGUUUUAUAUUUAUAGAGACAGAUUUCUAUUAAGUCUGUUUUGUAAAAUACAAUUCUAAUAUACUUUCUCAGAAUGUUUUAUUUUAAAAUAGUCACGCCAGAUGUGCUGAAAUUUGUAAGAAAUACUAAACUGUAUGUUGUGAAGUAAGUUAAUAUUCACAGUAUAAAGAACUAGUAGAAUGAGUUAUGAUUCAAAGAGAUGAGGUUCCAGAACUGAUGAUCAUCCCCAGUGCAGUGAGGUUCAUUGCUUUCCCUAGUUGAGAGUUUCAAUAUCAAACUGUUUACCUUUUUAGGAAGGAAAUAGGUAAUACAAGUGAUAUAUAAGUCUUAUGCUAGAAAUCGCAAAUCACGUUGCAUUGACUGUAAAUGAUUCAUGACAGAUUAGAUCAUUCUUGAGACGUGCUGUUUCUCUUAGGUUCCUGGAUUCAUUUAGUGUCUGUGAAAUGUAAACAUGUGGCCACAUUUUAUGUGUUCGUUUAAUUACAUUUAGUCCAUGCUAGCUGUGAUCUGAUCACAUUUCUGUGUUCCAAACAAUAUGGAGCAAUGAGCUAUACCAUCUUAGAUCUUCACUGGGCGUUUAUAUUUUAUUUGUUUAUGUAGACUAAGUUAGCAAACAACUGGCUCAGUUCCACUUAACAAGUACUAAUUUUAUUAAUUUUUUUGGUGAGAUGUGAGCAGUGCAUCCUUCCCAGGGUCAGCAUUUAUUACUCAUCUAAUUGUUUUGGAGAAUUGCCUUGUACUACACAGCCCAUACAUAGAUCAUUGCACGUCCCUUCUUCAUUAUCAAUUUGCUGCCUUUAACUACUGCAGUCCGUCUCAUGGAGAUGUAGUGCUGCUAUUUUGACCCAACACAAAAAGGGUUGUCAGUUAUAGUUCCAAUUCAGAAAGGUAUGGCUUAGAGGGGAGCUUGUAGUUAGUAGUGUUCCCAUGUGUCUGCUGCCCGGUUGAGUUGUGGGUUUGGAAGGUGCUAUCAAAGGAAGCUUAGUGAGUUUCUGCAGUGCAUAUUGUAUAUGAUAUAACUACUGCCCACUAUGCUUUGGUAAAAUGAAUGGUGGGAUCAGUUAACUGAGUUGGCUGGUUUGUUACACAGUGAUGCCAACAACAACUGUUCAAUGUCUGUGCCGUGGUAACCCUCUGGUUAAACUCUCCACCAGUCAUUUCUCUCUAAUGAGCAACCAGCCUCUGUUCCUCUGGGACUAUGGUGACUUAACCAUUUCAAUUUCAAAUGUUUAAAGUGGUGAUGGGGUGUCAUUCACUGCUUUGCCUUGGAUGGUGACAAGUUUCUGGAGUGUUGGAACUACAUUCAUCUAAACUCCUGAAUUGUCCCUUGUUGGUAGGCAGAUUUUGGAAAUGAGGAAAUUACUUGCUACAUACUUCCCACACCUGCUGUUGUCACAGUAUUUGUGUGUAGUGGUUACUUUUCAGAUCACUGGUAAUCUCUGGGGUGACAUUGCUGGAUUCAGUGAUGCUGAUGCUGUUAAAUUUCAAGAGGAGGUAGUUAAGUUCUCCCUUGUUGGAGAUGGAGACUGAAUGGUGUCAAUGUUUCUGUCACUUAUCAACUUGUGUUCUUUAGGUCUUGCUACAUGUGGACAUGGACUACUUUGGUAUCUGCAAAAAAGCAAAUGAUGCUGAACAUUGCAAAGAUCAAUGAACACUCCACUCUGACUUUAAUGUGUCAAGUCUUUGAACUGUGUUUGUAUCAAUUCCUUCAUUUCCUUCCUUUAUUCCUCCCUUCCGUCACUGUACACGUCUGCAUUCUUGGUCAUCAUUGAGGAAAUAAAACAUGUGGUUCCAUGAAGCUGAAUUUUA